AUGAUGAGUUCGCCAUCAUUAGCAACUCCAUUAAAUAAGAACCGUACAGCUGACGUCAAGCCAAUUCGUCUUCAACUAGAUCCAAUACGUUUGCAUGAGCCAGCUCGUUCAAAAUUAUCAACUGUUGAAACUCAACGUAUUAUGGUUGUUUUUGAUGAUCUUGUACAAAAAAUGGAACUAAUUGAAAUGUUACCUGUAAUAGUUUCACACGCCGAUUUAUUUAAAAACGUUAUUGAUACAGAAACAAUGAAUGAAGUAUAUAGACAUGAAGAAUUGAAACAAGCAUAUGAAACAAAUUCAUCAAUUCGAACGAUUUCGAAUAUUAUUGAAAAAUUGCCACAAUUUGAAAAUUAUACACGUCGUUUUGAUCAAUCAUUAUCAUACAAUGCUAAUGAAAAUAUUGCUUAUCAUUAUUAUAUUCAACAAUCGAUUCGUAAUGUACUUCGUCGUCUUCUUCAACACAAUCGAUUUGAUGCUGUUAAACUUAUUUUAAAAAAUAAUAAUUUAUUACCACCUCCAAAAGAUCUUAUGCGUGUAUUAAAAAUGUUGCGAGACUCCGCAAUGGAAAGAUUUUUAACAACACCUCUUGAAGAACGUGAAAAAGUCGAUCAAAUGAAAAAUUUAAAUAUACGCCUAUCAUCAAAUGAAGCUGUUAUUGCAAAACUUGAAAAAGAAUUGAGUGAUGCUGUUGCCGAGCGUGAUGCUGAAGUAAGUCAAACAUUAGGCAUAUUUAUUUUUCUCAAUUAA